AUGGACCUCGUCGCACAUGAACUAGAGCUGACCCCACUUGUCGCACAGAUUGAGAACGCCGUCGAGGCCGCGUUCAACGUCGGUAGCGACCAAAAUCUCAAGCAACAAGCCUUCGACUACCUGAACCAGCUGCGAGCCGAUCCCCAAGGCUGGCAGGUCUGCACCACCCUCUUCACUAGAUCACAACGCCCCUCCGAGGUCGUCCGCCUCUUCUGCUUGGAAGUGGUUAAUUAUGCGAUUUACACACAAGGCCUCGACCGCAACAGCCUCUCGUGGCUAAAGGACAACCUUCUCGAAUACGUCCGCAACAUCUACGGCCAGAACCUGCAAGACCAGGUCGACCCCUCCCACCUGCAGAACAAGCUCUCGCAGACCCUUACCUACCUCUUCGUCUUCCUCUACAACGAUGGCUGGGAGUCCUUCAUCGACGACUUUUUGGCUAUUGCCAGCAGCCCCAAUAACACGGCCGGUGUCGUUCUCUACUUGCGAAUCAUUGGCUCUGUCCACGACGAGAUUGCCGACAUGCUGUUGACGCGCAACAGCAACGACGCGAAGCGCAACACCGACUUGAAGGAUCAGCUGCGAGAGCGUGACGUCCAGAAGAUUGCUCAGUCAUGGAAGGACUUGCUGGCGCAGUACUCGGGCCAGAGCGAUGUCAUUGUUGAGAUGAUUCUCAAGGUUAUUGGCAAGUGGAUCAGUUGGAUGGACAUUUCCUUGAUUGUCAACCAGGAAAUGCUCAACCUCUUGCUUCCUGUCGUUGGACGGACAAAUCGGUCUGGAAGCGAGGACAAGGUCCGGGACGCCGCCAUUGACACCCUCACCGAGAUUGUGGGCAAGAAGAUGAGGGGCCCCGAGAAGAUGGAAUUGAUUUCGUUUCUCAACCUGCGCGAUAUUGUGGCCCAGCUCAUCGCCAGCGCCCCUCUAAGCGAGCUUAAGUCUACGCCUCAGUACGACACCGAUCUUGCCGAGGCUGUCGCUAAGCUCGUCAACACCGUCAUGGCUGAUAUUGUGCGCGCGCUCGAGGACGGCCAGGCCAGCGAAGACACCAGAGCCAAGUCCGAGCAACAUCUUCACGAUUUCCUUCCCUUCCUUCUCCGAUUCUUCUCCGACGAGUACGACGAGGUCUGCUCGACAGUCAUCCCCUCUUUGACAGACCUCCUUACCCUCCUGCGAAAGGUCGGCGCCAACCUGCCUGCUUCUUACAAGGAGAUGCUCCCUCCUAUUCUUAACGCCAUCAUUAUGAAGAUGCGCUACGACGAGACUUCUAACUGGGGCGACGAAGAUGAGCAAACGGAUGAGGCCGAGUUCCAGGAACUGCGGAAGCGGUUGCAAGUUCUCCAAAAGACCGUUGCUGCUGUUGACCAAGAGCUUUACAUCGAUGUUCUCAGCAACCUCGUUUCCCAGACCUUCACGACGCUUGACCAGCAAGGGUCUCAGAUGGACUGGAGAGAUCUGGAUCUCGCGCUCCACGAAAUGUAUCUGUUUGGCGAACUCGCUCUGCCUAAUCAAGGGCUGGGCACCAAGAGCCAGCCCUCAAGCACAGCAACAGAACGGCUGACCAUCAUGGUGACCAAGAUGGUUGAGUCCGGAAUUGCAAACUUCCCCCACCCCGCGAUUCUGCUCCAGUACAUGGAGAUCUGUGUCAGGUACUGGCAAGUAUUUGAUGCCCGUCAAGAAUACAUCCCCCAGGUCCUCGAGAACUUUGUGCGACUGGUUCACCACGACCACGUGCGCAUCAAGACACGAUCCUGGUACCUAUUCCAGAGAUUUGUCAAAUUCCUCAGAGCCCAGGUCGGCAAUGUGGCAGAAACUGUCAUUCAAUCCAUCAGUGACCUCCUGCCAAUCAAGGCCGAGGUAUCAGAGAGUAACGGAGAUGAUGACAUGUCAUCUGAUGAGUCCGAUCACUCUGCGGACGCCCUGUUCACAAGCCAGCUUUACUUGUUUGAGGCCAUUGGUUGCAUCGCGUCGACUGGAAGCACACCUGCAGACAAACAGGCAUACUAUGCCCGCCUUGUGUUGAAUCCUUUAUUCAGUGACAUGGAAUCCCAUCUGCCAAAGGCAAAGGCGAACGAUGCCCAGGCCAUUCUCCAAAUACAUCACAUCAUCCUGGCGCUUGGCCGCCUCGCCCAUGGCUUCUCUGACUGGCAGCCCGGCAGCACCUCGGUCCAGAACCGACCUCCCCCGGACAAGCUUGUGUCUGAUGAAUUCUCGAGAGCCGCCGAAGCCAUUUUGAUUGCCCUCAGCGAGUUGAACAACUCCACCGAUAUUCGCACUGCUUGCCGAGCAUCCUUCUCCAAGUUGCUAGGCGUCCUCGGAUCCGCUGUGCUGCCGCAGCUUCCUCAGUGGAUCGAAGGAUUCCUGUCCCAAAGCUCCUCCAAGGACGAGAUGGCUAUUUUCCUACGACUCCUUGACCAGAUUGUCUUUGGCUUCAAAACGGAGAUUUAUAAUGUCUUGAACAUGCUUCUCACUCCCUUGCUGCAGAGAAUCUUUGCCGGCCUGUCCGAACCAGUCACCGGUACAGACGACGAGAUCCAGCUUGGCGAGUUGCGGAGAGAAUACCUGUCCUUCCUGCUGGUUAUCCUUAACAACGAACUCCAGUCCGUCUUCAUCAGCGAGGCCAACCAAGGUUUCUUCGAGUCGCUCAUCAACUCUGUCAUCACCCUCGGCAGAACUCUGGUAGCAGAGAACAUUGGGCCCAGCCGGUUGGCCUUUAGCGUUUUAGCACGCAUGGUUGUUGUCUGGGGCGGUCCCGACUGCGCAAAGAUCGCUGAGAACCCAGAGGCGCCCAGCGGUUCUCCGAACCCGACCAUCCCGGGCUUCGACCGCUUCAUGAUUGACCGCUUCCACCCGCUCUGCUGGGAAGUCUUCCAGGACCCCAAUUUUAGGCCGCACAACGACGCGCAGAGCAAGCAGGUCCUCAACGAGAUCGCCGGCCUCGAGCAGGCCAUAUACCUCAAGACGGGAGAGAUGUUUAUCCAGCACCUCCAGUCAUCCCUGUUCCCGCACCUAGGUAUCGACGGAUCCGACUUUUUGAGGUCCAUGUCGACGUCCACGGAUAGGAAAGGAUUCUCGAGUUACCUGCAGGGGCUUCUGAAGAGCCGCAGGUAA